AUGAAGGCCGCCAUUACCGUCCUCACCACGGCCAUCACCAUGACAGCCCUGGCCGUUCCUCAUCGAGCGGCACGAGACAGAAACAGCACCGACAUUAACACCACCCUCAUUCCAACUCUCAUCCUCAUGCCCACGCCGACCACCAAACUACUCCUACCAGACACAACCCUCGUGCCGAGUCCCAGCGGUAAACACCUCCCACCCUCUGCGUCCACCGGGGCGGUCCACCUCGAUUCCACGAACAAGGUCCUCGUCACGCUCACGCCGGCCGCGAGCCCGAGCCCGAACCCGACUGCCACGGACAAGAAGAGUAAUUCGGAGAAUAAGGAUGGGAAGAAAAAGGUUCAUAUUAUUGGCUCGCUUAUGAACUCGCUCGGCCUUGAUGGGGUCAUGGGAUCGCUGAAUUCAUUAAUAUCUUCAGAGUGA